GAUCGUUUUCCAUUUCUGCCCCCACCCUUUCUUCUUCCCGUGGGGCCGUAGCCGUACUCAGCAUCCAAAAACCCCAGCCGCAUUCCAUUCCUCUACCCCACCUAUUCCGCGAUGGCCAAGGAGCUCCGCCCCUUCGACAACGAGGACCAGCGCCGGCACAGCUUCCGGAAGCGCCGCCCCACCCUAUUCGGCAUGGCUCACGACCUCUCCGAGGAAUUCGGCGCCCAUGUCGCCGUCAUCGCCUUCUCCCCCGCCGGCGAACCCCACGCCUUCUGCGCGCCCACCGCGGACUCCGUCCUCCGCACCUACCUCCCCGCCGCCGACGGGCUGCUUCCCAACCCCACUCCCCAUUCCCCUUUCCCUGGCUCCGCCGCCGGCGUCGGCGCCGAGACGGCGGGGGAGGCCGCGGCCCGUGUGGCCGGGAUGAGGCGGGAGGUGGACGAGACCAAGGCUAUGGUCGCGGAGGAGUGGGCGCGGGUGGCUGCCGCCAGGGAGAAGGUCAGGGCGGCACAAGGGGCCGCGCAGAAGCAGAACUGGUGGGAGGUGGACGUGGAGGCCCUCGGGGAGGAGGAGCUUCCGGUGUUCAUGAGGGCGCUCGAGAUGUUCAAGGCCGAGGUUCAGGAACGCAUCGACGCGAUGGCAUCAGCCCGGAUGUCGCUGCCGAGGGAGAAGAAGCGGCAGUAGACAGUAGUGAUCGCAUCUAUCAGGGAUUUUGACAAGCACCAAGAGUGGUCCAAUGCCCGAAGAGAUGACCUAUUGAAGGAAUAAUAAAUUGGUCAGCGCUUGUUUAGGCCUAGUGUCUUGAUAUGUUACUAGAGUCAGGCGAGUGACUCAAGUUUGCUAUUUCUCUGAGACUCUUAGUGCUUGUUGCUUGCUGUCAUUUGGACAUACUGUCAAAAAAGUUUAUUCACUCGAUCCUCUCUGUCUCUGUUUUUCUUUUGAACAAUUCGGGGUUGGAUUACACUGAAUUCUCAGCAGGCAUACCUGAGCGAGAUUACAGGAGCCAAAGCUCUAAGCUCUCUGUCUCUGUUCU